GCCAUUUUGAAAGUGUAAGGAGAGGGGAAUAUCACUGGAAUAGAGAGGGAGAGUGACUGUGAGAGAGAGUAAGCGAGCAAGCGAGCGAGAAAAAGUGAGAAGGUAGGCAGGCUCAGAGCCCCGUACUUCUAAGCUUAACGAUCCACCUCCAUCCUAAACGAGAGUCCGCUUGCACACACCCAAGCCCGGCAAAAUUGACAAGACCAGGGCCCAAACCCGCGACAGAGAUUCCCUCUCACCAUGGCAGGAGCCGGAGGUGGGAGCAAUGAUGUGCAGUGGUGCUUCUCUCAGGUGAAAGGGGCCAUUGACGACGAUGUGGCCGAAGCCGACAUCAUCUCCACAGUGGAGUUCAAUCACUCCGGGGAGCUGCUAGCCACAGGGGACAAAGGCGGCCGUGUCGUCAUCUUCCAGCAGGAGCUAGAGAACAAGUGUCAGCCACAGAGCCGGGGCGAAUACAACGUUUACAGCACCUUCCAGAGCCACGAGCCUGAGUUUGACUACCUGAAGAGCCUGGAGAUCGAGGAGAAGAUCAAUAAAAUCCGCUGGCUGCCGCAGAAGAAUGCUGCACAGUUCCUGUUGUCCACAAAUGAUAAGACUAUUAAGCUGUGGAAGAUCAGCGAACGGGACAAGAGACCGGAGGGCUAUAACCUGAAGGAAGAGGAUGGAACCUACAGGGACCUCACCACAGUCACGACACUACGGGUGCCUGUGUUCCGGCCCAUGGACCUAAUGGUGGAAGCCAGUCCCCGGCGAGUGUUUGCCAAUGCCCACACCUACCACAUCAACUCUAUCUCAGUCAACAGUGACUACGAGACCUACCUCUCCGCCGACGACCUGCGCAUCAACCUCUGGCACCUGGAGAUCACCGACCGUAGCUUCAACAUUGUGGACAUCAAACCUGCCAACAUGGAGGAGCUGACGGAGGUGAUCACAGCCUCAGAGUUUCACCCCAACCAGUGCAACACCUUUGUCUACAGCAGCAGCAAGGGCACCAUCCGUCUGUGUGACAUGAGGGCGUCUGCACUGUGUGACAAGCACUCCAAACUGUUUGAGGAGCCAGAAGACCCGAGCAACCGCUCCUUCUUCUCCGAGAUCAUCUCCUCCAUCUCUGACGUCAAGUUCAGCCAUAACGGCCGCUACAUGAUGACCCGCGACUACCUGUCCAUCAAGAUCUGGGACCUGAACAUGGAGACGCGGCCAGUGGAGACCUAUCAGGUUCAUGAGUACCUCAGGAGUAAGCUGUGCUCGCUCUACGAGAACGACUGCAUCUUCGACAAGUUCGAGUGCUGCUGGAACGGGAACGACAGCGUGGUGAUGACCGGCUCCUACAACAACUUCUUCCGGAUGUUCGACCGGGGCCAGCAGCGGGACGUGACGCUGGAGGCGUCGCGCGAGAGCAGCAAGCCCCGCUCGGUGCUCAAGCCCCGCAAGGUGUGCGCCGGCGGCAAGCGGAAGAAGGACGAGAUCAGCGUGGACAGCCUGGACUUUAACAAGAAGAUCCUGCACACCGCCUGGCACCCCCAGGAGAACAUCAUCGCCGUGGCCACCACCAACAACCUGUACAUAUUCCAGGACAAACUGAACUAGACCUCAGUUCUGACAACGUCCCCGACCCGUUUCCCCGCCGUCUCUCACACUCUCCUCAGCCACACAUGCACCGACACCAGCUCUAGUUUAAAUUGCACUCGACCCUCCUACUCCACUGACUCCCAGCCCGCCUCACCCCUCUUCCCUUUCCUGUCACUCACAUACACACUCACAUGCACACACUCUCUCACACACACACACACACACACACACACACACACACACACACACACACACACAAAC